AUGGAUAUAAAUCCAUUAAGUCGCGGGCACGCGCUUGUGAUCCCUAAGUACCAUGGCGCGAAGCUCGGCGACAUCCCAGAUGAUCACCUCAGCGAAAUUCUGCCGGUCGUUAAAAAGCUGGCUGUAGCUACUGAGGCUAUCGACUUUAAUGUGUUGCAGAAUAAUGGCUCGAUUGCACAUCAGCAGGUUCAUCACGUCCACUUUCACAUGAUCCCGAAGCCGAGUAUUGAAGAGGGACUUGGCAUUUCUUGGCCUGCGCAGGCAACAGACAUGGAUAAGUUGAAAGCUCUUUUCGAGCAUCUCAAGUCCAAGAUGUAA